UAAUAAUAAUAAUUUUAUUGCUUAAAACGUUGAUUACUUGCAUUAAGCAACAGUUUGGUAUUUCUUAUCAAAAGUGCACAUAUUUGAAUUGUUUGUGCCUAUGUGGAAUAAAUACAAGGAACGUUGGUGCAUGAGUGUGGGUGAAAGAAUAAUCAAUAUGUACAAAAACAAAUCAACACUUGUUGCGGUAGCGAAUAAAUUUUUGCAAGAAUUCUUAAAUUAAACGUAACACGAAAAGUGCUACCAAAAGCGUGAAUUGUUUAACUUAAAUCACGAGAUUAUAGAUUAUAUCUUGAACUGGAACAAGAUAAAAUAUUUGCCAUGUAUUUGAUGCACCAAAAAUAAAUUUCCUCUUACUUUUUUGUUUGUGUGUACUGCAAAUUACAGCAUUUCGUAAUAGUUAACCAUUUAACCUUCGCCCCUCCAUUCGCUUGUGGACUUCUGCGUUCAUUGCCCUAAUAGUUGAAGUACCUACCAUUUUUAAAUAGUCGAGUCAACUAAAAAGUAACCACCCCGCAAUUCGUAAACCACAUUAACCAAUACAACGGGCACACCAGGCGUCAAUGCCACAGCCAAUGUGGAGCAGUUGCGCCAACAAAAGCGCUUCAAAGUUUACAAUUUUGCUGCAACAACAAACUCCGGCUUUCCUUUCUUCAUUUGAAAUAAAAACUUUGAAAAUAUCGCUAUGAAAAAUCAGCAAACGAGUGCAUGAACACUGCUGCCUUUCCUGCAUAUGCCCUCGUACUGCACUCAACGUGCUCUUGUACCACAGAGGAAUGCAGUUAGUGGGCCAUUUUACAUAAUUUGUCGACGUAUAUACGACGCGCAAUGCACACCAUGUCCAACUAAUCUGUUUAUCUACAAGAUAAGCUCUGGCUAUGAAUCUGACGCUUAACACAACAGAAAAUAACAAGCCAUAGGAAAACUAUUGUUGUAAAAACGAAGCUAAAGAAAGAAAAACAAAAUUGAAACUUUCCUAUUUGCACACAGACAAGUUGUUUUUUGACAAGUGAUGCAACUCUGGUCGCAAAGUCGCUAGAUCCUGCACCAGCACCUCUCUACUACCAUUCCUGCCAUUCGUUUAUCAACGGACAUUCAGCCGGACACCUCAAACCGAGAGGAAAGUGAAGAGCAUUCAAAAAGAUGGCAGAAAACGACAACAAUACCACAACGGACGUCAGCCAGGAAGAAGAGCGGCAACAACAGGACAACUCCCGCAUGGCAUUUGCCCGCUCGCCAGUGCCCGCACCAGCUCCAGUCAGAGCGCCACAACAAAUUCACCAACAAGAACAAUGUGGUGCGAAAAUAUUGCAAAUGCUACUGGGUAUUGCGGUGCAACCGAAAAUGCAAAUAGAAACGAUGAAGCCGGAAUCAGGAGUAGAACAACAACAGCAGUCGCAUAUGGAAUUGAGCCAAAUCGAGUUAAUCUAUCGCGCGGAGGGUAAUGCAAAUUUGGUGCUCGCAUUGCCGCAAUUUAAAAAAGUUUUGCGUCUGCCAAAAACUUCACUGCCACUUCCGCUGCCGGCUACUAGUCACAGCAACAGCAACAGCAGCAGCAGCAGUUCUAAGUACAACAAAAUACAAAUUGGUAAUACUCAACGGCAACGAGAUGUGGAAGUGGUCGACAUAGAGUGGCAGCAACAUCAAGAAUCUCAGCAGCAGCAACAACAAUCACAACAAACUCAAGAACGGCAAUUGCAACGUCAACAGAAGCAGCUAAAACGGCAGGAGGUAGUCCAAAGUGCUUCCGACCCGGCUGUAAAUCAAAAUGCAAAAGACUUGACAAUGGAGGAUUUUGUGGCUUACAUCGAGGUAAUACGAAAUCUGCUUGGAAGCGAAUAUGUCUGCGAGACGGAGAUUGUGCGGAUAGCCAAGGAGGAGGACAUAAGGUGGAUAAAUGAGCAGAUUCGAGCAGAACGACCAGCUCAUCGCCGGGAUAAAGAAUUUUGUGGGGAAUUUGGUUUGCUGCUGCCAGAUGCUACACGCUUGCCAAUAGCAUUCGAUAUUUUACUUUCCAAUUUGCAGGCGAAAUUUAUUGGCAACACAUUCGCCAUCGAAAUAAAACCGAAGCAGGGUUGGCUGCUGCCGCCUGAUGUCGUCAACAAAUUGUACUUUGACCUGAAGAGUCCAAUGCGCACCAAGGCAAUGGUGGAAGCGACAACAACAGACGUCCAGCGGCCGGAAGUGGAAGGAGACAAGAGCCACGCUGCACGGUGUCGUUUCUGUGCCAUGCAAUACCUGAAGCUGCGCACGGGUAAAAUCAACAAGCGAACUUCUUAUUGCCCGAUGGCGUUAUUUUCCGGUGUACCUGCCAAAAUGCUUGCGGCCAUCGAUGCACUUCUGCAAUGCCCACAAAAUAAUUUAAGAAUAUUUCGUAAUGGAAUUUUAAUAUAUGACGGCGAAAAGCAUUUAUAUGACCAUUUAAUUGAGCACUUCUUUCCUGGCGGCCAAAUACAGCUUUUAAAGGAUUUGAUGGUGGCAUGUCUGCUGAGGGACUACACGACUAACAAUAGCAAAAAGACCAGUAAUAGCAGCAAAAGCAACAGCAGAAUAAACGAUGACAACGCUGCUGACUGUGGUGGAACGGCCAAAACUGUCGCUGGUCAGCCACACUUAAGCGCCACUUCGGAGCGACGCAAACAAAUGGAGAAGGAGGAGGGCGUGGAGGUAGCGGGGGAAGUAGAGCAGAAGGUGAAAGAAAGUAAGAUAAUGCCAAUAUAUCGUGCAGAAGACACCCACACAGCCGCAGCCGCAACAGCACGUCCGGCUACGAGAGGUCUGACGACGAUGACAAGGGCAGUGGCGCCGGAGACAUAUUCGCAAGCACAAAUCACUGAAGUGGAAAUGCUGUGCUUACCGAAAAAUUGUGUCCUGCAAAAAAUUUUGCAUCUCCAAUUGUUGUCCAAGCGUAACAUGCCCAUCCUGCAGGCUGCCGGCCAUGCACACAAAUCGGAAAAAUCAUACAAUGCCUUAAAAGGCUUACUGCAGCGAUCACAACAACAACUCACUACAGAUGAGUUGGAGCCAUCGGAAGCGUAUCUCCUGGGCGCCACAGCGCUGGACUGUUCGAUUAUGCUAGCGUUUCAGGAAAUUUCCAUGUGCAAUCCAGAGCCACAUUCACAGCAACAACACUUAACGAAGUCGCCACUGUCCAAAUAUUGUGUAGUAAUGCCGCGUUAUGGCAAAACCUUCCUCACCAAAGCGACACUGGUCGACUUGGAUCCGAAGCCUGAUAGUCACUUGUGCAAAUAUAUUAAACAGACGUGCCAGGCGCUUGACUUAUUUAUGGAUGGUGGUGGUUCUUGAUGAACAGGAUGUGUGUGUGUACGGUCAAAAGAUGCGCUCAUCACUUGGGUGGAAAUUUGUUAACGAUCGAAAAACGGAAAUAGCAAGGCAAUUUUACUGCACGAAAAUGUAAAUACCAAUUCAUUAACGAUUUAUUCAUUUAUGCAUGCACAGCGGCAUAUAUGUAUACAAGUAUAAGG